AUGCCCACUGCUCGUGCCUUGAGCUCAGCGCUGAAGCGCUUCAGCAGGCCAUCGGCCGGUCCGGAGGCGAAGGCUCUCGUCAGCGGCCUGCUCAAGCAGCACGGCCCUCUCUCCAACAGAGAGAUGUGGCACCUCGUCUCGAAGACAUCGCCAGAGACCUCUACGGGGGAUAAUACGUCCAUACCCUCUAUGAGGUACCUGAAGCACAUCGUGCUCGAACAGAUGGGACAGUCUGGCGAGCUCGUCAAACGCGUCAUCAACAGGGAGGUGCCUCUGGAGUCCAACACACACGCUACCUCUGUCUCGCCUGUUAAGACAUGGCGUUGGGACUUCAUGGAGGCUCCUACUCAGUCAAAAACGAAACCCGUAGAGAAGGCACCAUACGGCGCGGAAGUCGGCGUAGGCGAGGACUUCUCACAUCUCAACAAAAGGAGACAGCGGUCCCGGGUGAGGCACGUUACUCGCGACGUCUCGUGGAUGAAGGAGCUUGAUGAGGUUCGUCGGAUCGCUGCGGAGAGGGAUGCGAACGUUUGA